AUGUCAUUCGGCUUUCUGAUCCUGUCUCUUCUUGUUCUUCAAUCACAAUGUCAUUGUCCACAUUUGAUGGGUAUGAAGAAGACGAAAGCGGAUGGACCAGCACCACCGAGUAUUCUUCCGGAUGAUGAUAAGGGUUGGGAUUUCGACGAACCAUCCGGUGCACCUGGUUCCGUACCACAAGAGUUCUUCAUUCAGACUACGUUCGUACAUCGUAGCGAGAAUAAGCAACAAAAGGAAUUUGCUACGCUAAUCCUUACAAAAUUGGGCGAAUUGAGACAACGACUGAAACAACAGGCCCGGCUGACGAUUGACAAUGAAGUGAUCUCAUGCGUCGAAGACUCGGAGCAUUAUCGCUGUGGCGAAUAUCAACAAGAAGGCAGCUAUCAUUACUUGGUCGUUGAAGAUUCGACAAAAGGAGCAGCAGUAUAUUCGUUGGAACAAAAAUUGAACGAAAAUAAUCCAGGCGCUACGGAAAUGGCAAUUUUAGAUGCUCUAUCUCGGCAUUCACCUCAACCACUGACUAACUAUGCAUCCCCGGAGGGUGAGAAGGAGGUAGGAUUUGUGAGGGAGCUGUCGAUCAAGGAACUCCAGGCGAUCAGUAAGCCACCACCAGUGGAGAUGGAGCUCUACAGUCCUACGGAGCUGGACUUAAUCGAUACGGAUCUGUUGGAGUUCAGGAGUGGGGAAGAGUUGGAUAAAAUCGAGCACAAUCUCGUUUCAUAUACGAGCCAAAGGGAAUUCGACAACGCUGUCAAUGAAAAAAAGGAUCUUUUCGUGUUAUUCUGGAGUCAUGUAUACAGCGUGAGCCUGCACGCUUUCAACCUAUGGGCGAAAACGUCAAAGAAGGCGAAUUUUGGCAAAGACGUCAUCCUCGCUCACGUUGAAUGCCAUAAGUACGCCGAUUUUUGCCAUGGUUUAACUCGCAAGGACUUUCAUACGGUUGUCGCAUAUCGAAAUGGACAAAACAUUGGAUCAACAUACUACCUCAGUGACGAAGAUUUCUACUUGCAGUGGAUGUAUUUAAUGCUCUCUGGACCUCUUAUUGAGCUGCAUAACAAGGAAGAAGUGAAAAACGCCAAGAAAGGUGUGAUGUUUGGCUCCACUCCGCAUCCUGUAACGAUUGGAACAUUCCCGGAUCGUGACUGUACACCGUUUCAACAUUUUUCCAUCGCUGCUGAUCGAUUCCAUGGUCGAUAUUUCAUGGCUGUUCACAUUAAGCCGGGGAGCAUUUCAACCAUAUCCACAUAUCGUCCUUUUGAAAAACAACGACGACGAGAUUACGAGGGGAAAUUCGAUCCGGCUUCACUUAUGGGUUUCGUAUCUACGGCAUCAUUUCCUAGUGUGAUCGACAUCACUAAUGGAUUCACUACAAAUCUUCUUUUCCGACAGCGUCGCAAGAUCGCAAUCCUUGUCGCUUCGUCUUCCUUUAACAACGGUUCAUACACCACCUUAGCAGCAAGAAAAGACGCAAGAAAAUUUGCACUUUUCACAUUCCUUAAUAGAGAUCAACAAGUCGUGGAAGAUGUUGUGAAGAAAUUCCAUCUUCCAGAAGACGAUAAACCUCAAAUAUUGUUACUCGACAAACUAAACGUAUAUAAGUUCCCUCUGGACGAAACCACAUCAUCCGAGACAAUUUGGGAAUGGAUGCAAGCGAAAGAAGACACCCCUACAAGUGAACUUUCCGUUCGAGACCCACACCCUCUACGAUACCUGCAAAAAGCUCGGAUAGAUUCGGUGUUUGGUGCGCAGAAUACGUUAAUAUUAGCUGAUGACACAUUGUUCCAAGAUAUAACUACCCACGCCAAUAUGCCAGACAUGCCAAUCAGUGGAAGCACCAGCGGUUGUCCGUUCAUGUCCGGAGCAGCAGGCGGAGCGCUACAUGAGGAGCUGUAA